CCUUCAUUUGCAUUGCUGACGCCAACAGUAUGCAAAAAGCCAGCUCCGGGCCCGCUCUCCCUGAUUCUGUCACCAUGGUUGAAGAAAAGAAAGGGCCAGUUGCUAAGAAGGGCGCUAAGAAAGCGGUGAAGAGGGCGCCAGCGAAAGGCAGCAAGAAGAGGCGAAAGUCCAGGAAAGAAAGUUACUCCAUCUACAUCUACAAAGUGUUGAAGCAGGUUCACCCCGACACCGGGAUCUCCUCCAAGGCCAUGAGUAUCAUGAACUCGUUCGUCAAGGAUAUUUUCGAGCGUAUCGCGGGGGAGGCUUCCCGCUUGACCCGUUACAACAAGCGCAGCACCAUGAGCUCCCGGGAGAUCCAGACUUCCGUACGCCUGCUGCUGCCCGGGGAGCUGGCCAAGCACGCCGUGUCGGAGGGCACGAAGGCGGUGACCAAGUACACCAGCUCCAAGUGAAACGCCACUUGGCACUGAAAAACCCAAAGGCUCUUUUAAGAGCCACCCACAAAUUCCCUUAAACAGCUGAACCUGGAUGUUUUUAAUACUGAUGAACUUUUCUUUGCAGUUGGUGCGGAGAAAUUUUAAAUUUCAGUUCAAUGUUUGCCUUUUAUAAAAUGAUCUGUAAAUUAGAGUGGUCAAGGAGAUUCUGUGUGCUUUAUUCUCGGUUGAUUUCCAAUACAGCCUAUUUUGCCUGAUAAUAGACUGCAUAUGAGUCAUUACAGUCUUUUCUUUAAAAAAAUCUUAAUUCUUUAAAUUUAAAAAUAUAUCCCCCGUCUUGAAAUCCCCCUCCGAAGGAAAACGCAUUUGCCAUUCACCUUAUCUUUGCCCCCUCAUGAUUUUGUAAACACCAAUAAGAUCAUUCCUCAACUUCCGAGUCAUUUCUCAGUUACAUUGUUCAAAUCACUCUUUACUCGACUCCGAUGCCGCAUGAACCCAAGGUAUCACCUUCUGUCAAACAGAAAUAAGAGUGUGCCCAAACUUGAUUACCCCCCGGUAGGAAGAAUUAGCGCGCGAGGCAAGCACUUGGGAGUGUGAAUACGUCGGCGGGACAUGCAGCAUGACAACUUGUGCCCCCAGCUAUAAAACAGAGAUAGCGUUUUGUGAUGACAAUUCCAACUGCUGUUAUCCCUGAUGGAGAAGCGAGUAGGACCUGACCAGGAUCCCACCUGGGAAAAUGUGGACUGACUCGGUGUAAUUGGGAGAUGGAGGGCGAGGAGGAGUAGAUGUGCAAUUCUCUCUCUUCCAGAGCCCAAUGCCCCAAUUCCAAUCUCUACCUAAUGCUCCCCAACCCACUUGCAAUAAAAAAUGUCAGCCCUCUG